CGAAUGGCAACUCAAGAAGCUAGACGCAACAGAGCAGCUACAUGGUGAUGAAGAUAGAUUCAUUUCCAUAUGGCUUUCGGACAGUGAGCUCGAGCUUCCACGCGGCCUUCGGAACCUCAAAGUCACGCGAGAAACACGCGAUCAGCCACAAGCGCGAACUCCUUGGGCUGUAGCGUGUACCCGUCUUGCAUCGCAUUUUGCUCUGCUGCUCCGUCUACGUACAACAUGCCCGCCGAAGAUAUGUUGCCGCGGAAUGGCCGCAUUUCUGCAGAAAGCAGCUACGGUCAUCGCUCGAAAGACGCACUGGCUCUCGUCCAGAAGUUGCGAGCUCUCGGUGCACAGGCAGACCUUGACCUUCCUCGUAUUGCUGUAAUCGGGAACCAGAGCGCCGGAAAAUCUAGUCUUGUAGAAGCAAUUUCCGGUAUUACUGUUCCGAGAGAUGCAGGCACGUGUACGCGUUGUCCCAUGGAAUGCCGCAUGACGCAUUCGCCGAACGCGUGGCGAUGCAGGAUCUAUAUACGCUGGGAGUUUGACGAGACGGGCCAGAGACUGGACGAAGUCUCAGAGCGCCCGUUCGGCGAUGCUAUUACAGACAAAACUCAAGUAGAGCCUAUGCUGAGGCGUGCUCAAGCCGCAGUGCUGUAUCCUCACGUUGAUCCAGCGACCAUCCUCACCUCAACCAUGGAUCGCUUGAGUGGCCAGUUGGGUUUCGGAGGCAAGAAACCAUUACUGUUUUCGAAGAAUGCAGUUUGCAUCGAUCUUGCUGGACCGGAACUGACAGAUCUCUCCUUUGUGGAUCUGCCCGGCAUUAUACAAAAUGCGGACCCUCAUACGGUACAGCUGGUGGAAAGCCUCGUCACAUCACAUAUUACAGGCAAUUGUUUGAUUCUAAUUACAUUGCCCAUGAGCGAUGAUAUCGAAAAUCAAAAGGCUGCUCGAUUGGCUAAAGAGGCAGACCCUUCAGGCUUGCGAACAAUAGGCGUGCUUACGAAACCCGACACUCUGGCCGUGGGGUCUACGAAGCUUCGAGAGGCAUGGCUAGAAUUAAUUGAAGGACGCAGCGAUACCAAUAGAUUGGUGCACGGCUAUUUCUGCACACGCCAGCCCGAUGACGCCGAGCGUGCGGCCGGCAUCACUCAUGCUCAGGCUCGCAUUGCUGAGACAGAAUUCUUCUCCUCCACCCCUCCGUGGUCGUCAUCUUCUCACCAGCAUCGGUUUGGAACCGCGAACUUGGUUAGCACGCUGAGCAACCUACUGAUCAAAUACAUCAACGAGGCACUCCCGAAGUUGCAGACAGAGGUUUCACGGCAGCUCACCAAAUACGAUGCGGAGCUCUCCCAGCUGCCGCCUCCGGUAACGACUGAGCCGUCUGCAUACGUGCUCGGUCUUGUUGCGGAGUUUUGCAAGACGGUACAAGCGUAUAUCGUGGGCGGGCCGACCACCGCUUCGCUCGUGCAGGAGAAUCGACAAGCUUAUGCCACAUUCAAGCGAAGAAUUCGAUCUACUGCCCCGCCAUUUCUUCCUUACCCAUCACCACAAGAGUGCGGGCCGGACUCCAUACAGUACUUGCAGAUCGAUGACGAACGGGAUGAUGACAAUGUUGUGCAUAGUGGCUCAGGAGCGGCUACCUUUCCUCCAAAUUCUAUGUAUCUCCUGGACAUGAAGAAGUAUAUCCGCCAAUCGGUCACGCGGGAAUUGCCAUACAAUGUGCCUUACUCGGCCAAGAUGUCACUGAUCCAAGAUUUCCAGGAUUCAUGGGAACGUUUGAGUCGGGAGACGUUCGAAAAGGUAUACCAGCAGUUCGACAGCAUACUCACAUCCGUGACGCACAAAGAGUUUUCUCAAUAUGCGCAAUUACAAGCUAGAAUAAAUGCAGCCGUGCAAGAAAUCCUCAAGAUACGCAAAAAGGCCGCGUUGACGUACCUGAUCAACAUGUUACAGCUAGAGAAGACACCCUUUACCCAAAAUGACCACUAUUUGGCAUCAAAAGCUAGUAGCUACCUCGCUCGCUAUAAGGAUGCGCGGGCUGGCAAGACGACCGCCAAGACGAAUUCCGGAUCGCGUGGUACGAGCAUCUUCGGUGAUCCCGCCCAUCAGGCAAGAGGCGACCAAGACCAUGCCUUCUCUUCAUUCACCUUCGCAGUGCCCAAAAGCACGUCCAGCGCCACUGCACCUGCUACCUGUCCAGCAUCUGGACGCAUCUUCGGUGGUGGCGCGCAAUCCGGAUCUAGUGCUCCUCGACAAUCCGCGCCCUCUUCCUUCUCAGGAUUUUCGAGCUCCCAGUCCUCUAGUCCCUCCUUGCCGUCUCCCUUUGCGCCGAUCAGCACCGCGUCCAGCGCCGUUGAUGCCAAAGCCCGCCCAGCGUCCACAGCGAGCUCUAACAACACUCCGCAAGCCGGGUCCGGCUCAUUUGGACCUGGUUCUUCUCAGAAGAGGGACCAUUCACAGUCUGGCUUUGGCGCUCAUUCAACGUCUGUCUCCGUUGAUUACGCCAACUUCGUGAAAUCACCAUUCGUUCCACCCGCCUCAAGCACUGCGCAGCCCGUUCUCACAUCUGCCGAAACGCUGCCUUUUGCCGCUCAGCCUGCACCAGAAGCAGAUCUCGAGGAGCGUGAGAAGCUCCAGAAAGAAGCGUUGGCAUUGCUCACCAAGCUUGGCUAUACCGGCCUCGAAGUGGAAGACCUGGGCAAGCUCAAUCCGCCCGACGAGUUCGAGGAAGAACUUGAGGUAAUGGCCGAAGUCCGGGCGUACUUCCAUGUUGCAUACAAGCGGAUCAUCGACUACGUCCCGCUAUGCAUCGAUCAUAUGUUCUUAUACAACACCUCGAACAGUCUCCAGGCCUUCCUCAUCGAGAAACUUGGUCUAGGAUCAUCAAAAGCUGCCGAACGCUGCGCGGCGUACCUCGCGGAGAAUCCGAACAUCGUUGCCGUGAGAAAAGAGCUGAUGGCGAAGAAGGAGCGGCUGGAGAGCGUACAGGUCGAGCUGGACAAUUUUGGGUUGUAGAGCAGAACUCGGUACCAAAAGCAUAUGAUUUUGCACGAUCUAGGUAGCUUCUUGACUAUCGGAUAGAGACAUUAAGCACGGUUGUGUCGUGGAUCCUUCAAUAGCCUUAGCAAGAUCAGAUUACAGCAGCACAGCAGUACGAAUACAAAGAAAUAAUCCGUGAUAGCGACGAGAGAUCAUGCAGAACUAGCGCUACAACCAAAUCAAUCUACAGUGUCCAGGUUACCAAAUCAUGAUAGUCGAGACCCAUCCUUACUAUUCAAGGCUGGCGUCUACAAGAUCCCAUCCUUCCUCAUCUUCCUCGAUGAUCUGCUCCACAUCUCGAUGCUCUCUCCCU